AUGCUAUCAAGGAAGCCGAGAGAAGGGUCUGCUCUGGAACCACCUAAAUUAACUCUUGAGAGUUCAUUUACUCUCAAACAACUUUUUAAUGAACCACCCGUUUACGAUGAAUUAUGUUUUUACUGCUCAGAAGGCGCACGCUGUUCAAAUCACGAUAAUCCACAGUUACGACUACAAAUGGAGCAGCAAUCACAUACAAAUAUCAUGGAAUCUUUGUUAGAAGAAAUUUUUGACAACGAAAUAAUUAAGAAGGAAAACGUGAAUGUAAAUAUGCUAAUUGCUGUAAAUAACUUGGAAGAAAAACGAAGAAAAAAACCUCAAUCAGACAAAAAAAGUGCCAGAAAUGUAAUAAUAAAAGAAGGAACAAAAAAAAAUCGAGCCAGCAUGAUAAAUGAAGAUUCUGAAGUACAAAUACAACAGGCGCGAGCAAUUGUACUCGAUGAACAUAAUAAUGAUUUCACGACGAAAGUGGUAUCUAAAGAUAUCGAGCAGGAAAUGGAGGAUAAAAGGAAAAGAACCGUACCUGUAAUCAUAAAUGAAAACAAAUUGAAACCAGGUAAGAUUGUUGAAAAAAGCUUCGUGAAGGAUAUGGGAAAGCACUCGACCAGUACACCAGAACCAGCAGAAUUGCGUGCGAGCACAGCCUGA